AUGUACCUCUACGGUCGCAAGUUCACACUUCGUACUGACCAUCAAGCCUUAACAACCUUGUUGAACACUUCAGGAUCUGGACACCGCCCACUCCGCAUCUACAGAUGGUCAGAUCGACUGCACCAAUAUGAUUUCAAGGUCGAAUAUCUCGCGGGUUCACGCAACCGAGUAGCAGAUAUGCUUAGCCGUACACCGAACGCGAAUAGCAAUCGCGAUAGCCAUGCAAGAAGCGACAUCGAAGACGACGUCGAAGACUACGUUCUUAUGGUGAUCUCUCACGUGACCGCAAAGCUUGUGACGCGUGAGCAGCUGAAAACAGAGUCAGCCGCAGAUGCAACUCUACAGAAGGUCUGUCAUUAUCUCCAAACAGCAUGGCCUAGAGAGAUUUCCGAAGACCUCGUUCCAUAUCAUCGUGUUCGCAAUGAGCUAGCUAUCUUCGACGACACGUGUAUCGCCCGUGGCACCCGAGCGGUAAUCCCGAAAUCGCUUCAACAUCGUGUGUUACAAACCGCACAUGAAAGUCAUCCAGGUGUGGUGAAGAUGAAGCAACGAUGUCGCGAAGCAAUCUGGUGGCCAGCGAUCGAUCGACGCGUAGAAGAUCUCGUCAGAUCUUGUGAAGCGUGUACUCUCAGCGAGAAAACUCAACCGCGGCCAGCACCACUGCAGCCGACCCCAUGGCCGAAGAAGCCAUGGCAGCAACUUCAAGUCGACAUCUUUUGGGAAGUCCAAGCCGCUCCUCUAAGUCAGCGAUUUUUGUUAGUUGUACACGACCUCCAUAGCAAGUGGCCUGAGAUAGCAGCAACAAGCUCAGUCACUACGACAUCAGUCAUUAGCAUCUUGGAGAAGAUGUUUACCAAGUGGGGUCUUCCAGAAUCUAUCACCACGGACAAUGGACCACAGUUCACGUCUGAACAGUUCGAAGAAUUCCUAGCCGUUAAUGGAAUUCAACAUCGCCUCACAACUCGCUACAACCCUCAAAGCAAUGGCGGCGUAGAGCGUUUCAACCGGGUAAUCAAGGAGAGCUUGAAAGCGAAUCUCGCAGAUGGAAUGACCUUCGAUAAGGCCAUCCAGACCCUACUACGCACGUAUCGCUCAACACCUCAUUCGCUAACCGGAAAAACUCCAGCAGAGUUGAUGUUGGGACGGAACCUCCGUAUGCCAUUCAACAUCCUGAAACCACCGGUUUCAGAGCCUGCAAGCACACAGGCUGAAGCGAGAGAGAUUGAGAGGAAACAGCAAAGCAUGAAAGCGUACACUGACAAACGCAGACGAGCAAUCACACCGAAAUUCGCUAUCGGUGACUGGGUUCGUGUAAAGCGUCCAAAUCGCAAGCACAAGCUAGCUUCGGGGGUAUCGAAACCCAAACAGAUCGUGAAGAAGCUCGGCUCGAAUGCAUUUGUACUAGAUGACGGAACGCGAUGGAACACCAGACGCCUUAUCGCGAGCAAGCCAGGCAACAUGAAUGAAAGCGAUUGGGAAGACACCUUUCCAUUCCCUACAAGCACUGAAGAUCAAGAGCAACAGCGAGCAGAACCGCGAACUGUUCGUCGUUCUCAGCGUCUAAGGAGACGACCUGGAUAUCUACGAGAUUACAGAUCUUAA